CUCUCUCUCUCUCACACUCACUCACUCACACACUCACAGCCACAGUUGACUCCCUCUGGUUUGUGCUGUGUUAAAAGACCACGAUUUCGGACCUGCAAUAAAAUGUGUGUGUAGUGUGUGUGUGUGUAGUGUGUAGUGGUUUGAAGGACCGUUAAAGCGUCGUGAGAGGAGUGAGGAGACGAGUCGAUGCCUUGUCCUGGAAUCUGAUCAGUUCUUAUCAAUGAAGCAAGAGAUCAUGGCGGAGGGCCCGAGGUGUAAGAGGCGAAAACAGGCGAACCCCAGGAGGAAAAACGUGUUGAACUAUGAGAAUGUAGUGGAAACGGGUUCAGAAACAGAUGAUGAGGACAAGCUCCACAUUGCGGAAGAUGAAAAUAGUAUCAUCAAUGCCUUGGACAAGGAUUCCAGUCCGGUGACUAUGGCCAAUCAUGAUUCUUCCCCCCGUGGGAGCCAAGCAGUAUUACCAAGAGAGGAUGAGGAAGGUGAGAAGAGGGAUAGCGGUACAGAACACACCUGGCAUAACAGAGAGGCAAUAGAUGGAAAUGAUGAAAUGAAGGAAGACUAUGACACUAUGGCGCCUGAAGCCACACUUCAGCCUGGUGGGGGUAACGCAACAGGAAAGACUGUAGAUUGCACGUCAGAUCUGGAGGAGUAUUUUGCCAAGAGGAAGCUGGAGGAUGGAGACAGCCAUGCGGUCAGCAUCGCCGAGUACCUGCGACGCAGUGACACAGCCAUCAUCUACCCAGAGGCUCCAGAGGAACUGUCAAGGCAUGGAACACCAGAGGCCAACGGACAAGAGGACAAUGCAGGCAAAACGAGUUUGCUGAGGAAGUCAAAGUGGAGAUCAAAGCCCUCUCAAAAUCUCGGGAGGACACGUUACUGGGACCUGCCACCUGGAACUCCAGAUGCUUUCGCCCAACUGCUGACCUGCCCGUACUGCGACCGGGGCUACAAGCGCUUGACAUCGCUGAAGGAGCACAUUAAAUACCGGCAUGAGAAGAACGAAGACAACUUUGCCUGCCCUCUGUGCAACUACACAUUUGCCUACCGCACCCAGCUUGAACGACAUAUGGCCACGCACAAGCCAGGAAGAGAUCAGCACCACAUGCUGACCCAUGGUGCCGGUAAUCGCAAGUUCAAAUGCACAGAGUGUGGCAAAGCCUUUAAGUACAAGCACCAUCUGAAGGAACACCUGCGAAUUCACAGUGGUGAAAAGCCAUACGAAUGUCCAAACUGCAAGAAACGCUUCUCUCAUUCCGGCUCCUACAGCUCCCACAUCAGUAGCAAGAAGUGCAUUGGCCUGAUCUCGGUCAAUGGACGAAUGCGUACCAGCCUGAAGCCGGGUUCCUCUCCUACAUCGGCCUCUUCCUCUCCCACCAACUCCGCCAUCACCCAGCUGAGGCACAAGCUGGAGAACGGCAAGCCCCUGAGCGCCCCCGAGCAAGCAGGUCUACUCAAAAUCAAGACUGAGCCGCUAGAUUUCAAUGACUACAAGGCCUUAAUGGCUUCUCAUGGGUUUGUGGGUGCUGGCUCUUUCUCGAAUGGCGGAGUAGGAGCUAACAACCAAUUGUCAGUCAACGCUUCUGUUCUAAGUUCGAUGCAGCACUUAGGAGUAGGGAUAGAAGCACCACUACUAAGCUUUGCUAAUUCAGUAGGUAGUAACUUAAGCGAAGUCCAAAAGGUCCUGAAAAUUGUCGACAACACAGUUUGCAGGCAGAAAAUGGACUGCAAACCCGAAGAGAUUUCAAGACUCAAAGGUUAUCACGUGAAAGAGUCAGCCUCGCAAGCUUCCUUGGCUGAGGAACCAGGAGUCACCUCCCCUGUUAUGCCAUCUGUUGGUCUUCCAGUUGUCAGCCAUAAUGGUGCCACUAAAAGUAUUAUUGACUACACACUAGAGAAGGUGAAUGAAGCCAAAGCCUGUCUCCAGAGUUUGAGCACAGAAUCACAAAGGCAAGUGAGCAAUUUGAAAAAAGACAGGUUACGUAGCAUGGGCUGCCCUGUGUUAGAUCUCGAUACUGAGGAAAAGACAUUCGACAACAGUAACACAUCUCCCUACUCCUGCCAAUUCUGCAGGGAGUGUUUUCCUGGUCCAAUUCCUCUCCAUCAGCAUGAGCGCUACAUGUGCAAGAUGAAUGAAGAAAUCAAGGCUGUGCUUCAACCUCACGAAAGCGUGAUCGCCAACAAGCCUUCGAUGCUGGUUGAAAAGCAAGCCCUCAUGCUGUCUUCCCUCCUUUCGGAGAAAGGUGUGACCAGCCCUGUACAUGCUUACAAGGACCACAUGUCUGUACUAAAAGCUUAUUAUGCCAUGAACAUGGAGCCAAAUUCUGAAGAACUACUGAAAAUUUCCAUUGCUGUCGGCCUCCCUCAGGAUUUUGUAAAAGAAUGGUUUGAGCAAAGGAAGGUCUAUCAGUACUCCAAUUCCAGGUCCCCACCACUGGAACGGACCAGUGCUGAGAUGGUGUUGGCAGCCAUCAACUCUUCCAUAAGUAAAGACUCUUUGUCAGCCAAGUCCCCAAUGUCAGUAUUGAAGCCUCAUGUGGACAUAACAUCGCCGUUGAUAGCAGAGCUACAUAACAGUGUUACUAAUUGUGAUGCACCUCUCAGGCUUAUUAAAUCUCAGUUUAUCAGUAUUAAACCGAUUGGUGAUAAAAUGGACCACUCAAGGAGCAACACUCCUUCUCCUUUGAAUCUUUCCUCCACUUCCUCUAAGAACUCCCACAGUAGCUCGUACACUCCAAACAGCUUCUCUUCAGAAGAGCCUCAGGCUCAACCUCUGGACUUAUCUUUGCCAAAACAAAAGAACGAACACAAAAGCGUUGUUGCAGGAAGACUAAGAAAUAAAACCAAUAGUAUUAUCAUUGACCAUAACAGUAUAUGCUACGCAUCGGAAAACCCAGACGAGCCUUUGAACUUGACUUUCCUGAAGAAGGAAUUGCCUAAUUCGAACAACAACGCCCUAGAGAAAAGCACUAAGCCAGUAUUCAAUAUAAAUCCAUUUAGUGCCAAACAUUUGUACACAACUCUUCCACCACAGAACGCAUUUCCCCCAGCCACUUUUAUGCCCUCGGUGCAGUCUAGUAUUCCAAGUCUUCGACCCUACCCAGGGCUAGAUCAAAUGAGCUUCCUUCCACACAUGGCCUACACAUAUGCAACAGGUGCAGCUACUUUUGCAGAAAUGCAGCAGAGGAGAAAAUACCAGCGGAAGCAAACGUUCCAGGGGGAAUUGCUUGAUGGAACCACAGAUUACAUGUCAGGUUUGGAUGACAUGACAGAUUCAGACUCCUGUCUGUCCCGAAAGAAGAUCAAGAAGACUGAAAGUGGCAUGUAUGCUUGUGACUUGUGUGACAAAACAUUCCAGAAAAGCAGUUCCCUUCUGCGACACAAAUAUGAGCACACAGGAAAACGCCCACACCAGUGUCAGAUUUGCAAGAAAGCUUUCAAACACAAGCACCACCUUAUCGAACACUCGCGUCUGCACUCCGGCGAGAAACCGUACCAGUGCGACAAAUGCGGGAAGCGUUUCUCUCACUCGGGCUCCUACUCGCAGCACAUGAAUCACAGGUAUUCCUACUGCAAACGGGAGGCGGAGGAGAGGGAGGCCGCCGAGAGGGAGGCCCGUCAGAAGGGCCACUUAGAACCCGCGGAGCUACUGAUGAACCGGGCGUACUUGCAGAGCAUCACCCCGCAAGGCUACUCCGACUCGGAGGAGCGGGAGAGCGUGCCGAGAGAGUUGGAGAGCGAGCGCGAGCAAGAAAAGGAAGGCGAAGAGGACGAGGAGAAACUGGCGAGGCAGGGAGGAGGCGAAGAGGAAUUCGAGGAGGAGGAAGAGGAAAGUGAAAAUAAAAGCAUGGAUACGGAUCAGGACACCAUAAGAGACGAAGAGGAGAACGGCGAACACUCAAUGGACGAUAGCUCGGUCGACGGGAAAACGGAAACCAAAUCAGAACACGAAGACAAUGUGGAAGACGGCAUCUAAUAACUACUGCAUUCUAGCUUCCUUACUUCUUCCAGUAGUAUUGUUACUUGCUUGAAACACUGCUGUGUUAAGCUGUACAUGCACGUGCCUGAUGCUUCCUGGAAGCCUGAGUGUUGGACAGAUGGGGCAGUCUGUCGGAUGCAAAAAAAAAACCCGAAAAAAAAUUCAGAUAAAAAAGAGAGAGAGAGACAGUGUUAGGAGGAAUUAGUCAAGUUUGGGGUUGUGAAGAGUUGCAUUAUGCAAAAAAAAUGUUCAGUGUUAAGGCCUAAAAAAUGUGUGGUUCCAAGCAGCCUGAAUUACCCUUCUGUUAAUAGUUUUUUAGCACAAAAUAGCGGAGUAUAUCGCAUUACAUGCCACACAUAUUACUACACGAAAAUCUAAAAAAUAAAUGUACCGUCUAUGUUUCUACCUAUGUAUAUUAUCACACAGCAGUAACUUGAAGAUGUAAUGCCUGUGCUUCUUUCUACCCAUACCUGUAUUAAUACACAACAGUAUUUUAGUGGAUUGUUUGUAGUUUGACCCCGUUUCAGGUCUGUCACUGCAACCACACAGUGUUUUAGGCCUCGGGAAUUUUCUUUGAAGGAUCAUGAAAUGAUGCAUGUGUGAUAAUUUAGACAUUGAAGUCUUAAAGUGGCCCAGCUAUGAAGGAGUAGAGGACGGGAAAUAAGAAAGAGAGAGAAAUAAGAGAGAGAAAUAAGAGAGAGAAAUAAGAGAUAGAGAGAGGGAGGUGGUGGUGGUGGAGAAAGGUGGUUUUAAAAAGCCUUAUAUGCAAACCUUUUAAUCUGUCUGUUCUGCAAGUGCCAUCCUUGUAUAGUGCUAAAAAGGUAACUAAAGUUACUUUGCACCAGCUUCAGUGUUAAACAGCUCACCCUGUUCUUUGAAGCACCCAUGUCAGUAUUAGAUUAUAGGCAGCAGUUCCUUAGUUUACAUAUGUUUGUGCAAUUUUUCUGUACUUUUAUUUUUUGUUCAUUAACUUGUCAGUAUUACACCAAACUUUUGCAACAAUUUGCAUUCAUUUUAUUUUAGGUCAAAUAACAUUUAUUUAUGUUGCUCAUUUUAUAUUUCCUAAUUUUAUUUAUUUCAUACUGUUAGUGUACAGUAUUAUAGUUCUUCAAUAUAUAGAUAUAUUUUAGUAAAAGGAACAUGAGGUUGAUCAUUUGGGCAAAUUUUACGUAAUGAGAAGAGCAUUUAUUGUGUUUUCAAACAUUAAUUGUGAGAUGCGAAUUUUCAAUUUAUUAUUUUAUUUUGUUUUCCAAUUACUGGAUUCCAAAUUUGAGAACUUUUGAUACGAUCUUGUGAAAACACUGUAUUUUCGACUGAAAAUUCCACUUUCUUCAUCUGUUUUUUAGCUAAAAAAAAAGAGGGACUGUUAAAAAUACAAUGUAUGAUACCAUGACAGAAAUCUUUCCUGAAUUGUCUUUGUAAAAGUAUUAUUAAAUUUUCAAUUUGUAAUUUUUUCUUUGAAAUGACCAUGCUCGAAUAAAAUGUAGCCAAACUAGGACCUGUAUGUGCAGCUUAAGGUUCAAUGGACAUCACUGCAGUAAACUGAUGUGCAUAAUAAUGUAUAGUGUUUCCUUCCUAACUGUAGGAUUUGUCUUCAAAAGAGUUACAAUUUCAUCCACAGCAUUGUUAACAAAAAAAUAUUUAUUAACUUAAA